AUGUCAUUCGCCAAAACAAGUGAUUUAACAGUAAGAUUUGUAUUUCGAGCAUCAAUAAUUUUUAAAUCUGGAGAAUUUUCUAAUACAGUUUGGAGUGUUGCAUCACAUGCUCCAGCCCAGCCUUCACAUUCAAAAAUUUUUAGUUUUUUUUCUGGAACACCAGGCAAAAAGCCAAAAAAAAUAGUGAAUGGUGAAAAAGCAAGAAGUGAGCAAGAAUUUCCGUAUCAAGUUUCAAUUCGUAUUGAUAAUAAUCAUGCAUGUGGUGGUGCUAUUAUUGAUGAGACACAUAUUUUAACAGUAGCACAUUGUGUAACAGAAAGAAAUGGAAAUCCAGUUACAGAUAUAAGUAUAUUUAGUGUACUUGUUGGUACACUUGAUUCUUCACCCUGGUUCCCAACACUUUACAAUAUUCAAAGUAUUGAAAUUCAUGAAGAAUAUGAACCAUGGAAUAAUUUCAUCAAUGACAUUGCCAUAAUUACAACUAAAUUAAUAUUUAAUGAGAAUCAACAACCAAUUGGUCUACCAGAAGCUGAUGUUCUUGAUGGAUCUGUUGUUGUUUUAAGUGGUUGGGGUGACCUCAAUAAUUUUUGGGAAUAUUUCAAUCGACCAUCGUUCUUGAGAAUGCUUGAUACCACUGUGGUGUCAAAUGAAUUAUGUGAAAAUUCUCAUCAUAGAAAAAUUUAUUCUCAACAAUUGUGUGUUCUCAAAGGUCUUGGAUAUGGUGCUUGUUAUGGAGACAGUGGAAGUCCUCUAGUUUAUAAUAAAACACUUGUUGGUCUUGGAUCAUGGGUUACAAAAUGUGCUGCUGGAAUACCAGAUGUUUGUACACGAGUUUAUACAUUCGUGUCAUGGAUAAAAGAAAAAAUAAGAAUAGAGUCAUUAAAACUUUGA